AUGAGUCGAAGGCCGACAUUAAUUGGUGACGAAUAUAAAAUACUGCUAAGAACGCUUAAUCCUCAUAUAACGUGUCCUUUAUGUAAAGGGUACUUUGUGGAAGCUACGACAGUUACUGAUUGUUUACAUACUUUCUGCAAGUCAUGCUUAUUAAAGCAUUUUGAAAAUGUCAACAACUGUUGCCCCAAAUGUAGUAACCUCAUCCAUCAGAGUCAUCCAUCCCACUAUGUGAGCUUUGAUCGUACAAUGCAAGAGUUGGUGUAUAAACUUGUACCCGGUGUGCAAAUACGAGAGGAAGAGAAUCAGAAUGCUUUUUUGCAAACGGUAAAAACGGAGGGUGAAAAUGGAUCUCUUGAAAAGUUAGAGAUUGAUGAAAAUACGGUUGACAGUAGUUCGGAAACAAGAGAAUGUUCUGGUGAUUUGAUGGGGAAGCAUCAUCGCAGUGAUGAGCAGGUUGCUGUGGAACUCUGCACUGAUAAGCUUUCCAAAUUCUCUGAUAUUGAAAUGCCUUACUUAAGACUAUCGGAGAUGGCAACCGUGAACACGAUUAAGCGGUAUUUGGCUAUGACAUUGUUUGGUGAUAUAAGUCGCUACAACGAUUUAGAUAUUUUCUGUAACAAUGAACUAAUGGGCAGAGAUUAUUCAAUGAAAUUUAUUGAAAAGACUAGAUGUCGAAACAAGCCAGAAGAUAUUCCAAUCAAAUUGCUAUUUAGAAAACAUAUCGAUUUUUGA